UUACCGGGUACCUUGGGCAGUCGGUAUUCACUCUCCACUUUCCAUUUGGCUCUCGUUUCUGCCAUGCAGGGCUGGAAACAGGGGCUUGAUUCGAGCGCGAGUUGCGAGUCAGCGGGGCCAGCUGGGGCCUGUCGAAAUAAGAAGUCGGGCUGCUACCACACGCCAGCCGCGAUCCCGACGACUGCAGCGACUGCAGCGACUCGAGCGACGAACGUUGCCACCCAGGUUAGCAGCACGUCCCUGCUUGCGAGCGAUCGGCCGCCCUCUCCUCUCAUCCACUCGACGUCGUGCUCCCCGUCGCCAUCACCGCAGCCUGCGACGCCCCGCUCGCCGGGCUUUGGCCAUUUGUCGCAAUCGAUUGCCAUUCCGUCGCGCGGAAUUCCUGUGUCGCCCGCCUCACAACGAAAACGACGACGCUGCCGACAUGACGACCGGCCCGGACUUUGGCUCGGCCGCCGGCCGCAGCCGCCAGGAUUCGUUCGUCAGCGCCGGCGCAAAGCCCAUUUCCAUGACGAACCCAAAUCGCGAGCACGCCAACCGCGGUCGGCGCGAGAGCAUGGCCGGCAGCCUCAUGGGCGGCAUGAGCUGGGGAGGUGUUUCUGUCGGUAGUUUUAUUCGCGAAGAUAUGAUGAUGACGGGCACCUCCCCGUACAUCAACAACCAACCAUCCUCCUUCCAUUCGUCGUCGUACAUCCCCAGGCUAGAGGCCGCCUUCAUGCGCGAUUUCACCUGCUGUGACCGGACGUGGUUGACACUGCACGACCUCCUGCAGCACUAUGAAGAGGUGCACGUUCCCUCGGGGACCCCUGCGGAUGCCUUGGGUGCGAUGCAAUCGAACUUGCAUGGCUCAGCCGCCGCCAGCCGUGCCGGGUCGGCCACGCCGUCUGCGGGACGGGCUCAGCAACCGUCGCAGUCACUGCAAGGGUUCUCGCAGCAGCCCCAGGUCGGUCCCGGGAUGGGUGUCAGCGGUAUCGGGCAGAUGAUGCGGCAACAGCGGCAGCAGCAGGGGUCGGCGUCGUCCCAGAGGGCGAACUCGCUGUCGCACGUGAAUGACGAGCUGGAUGCGGUUGGCGAAAUGGAGUUGGAUGAAACGGUCGGGCCGAUGGACAUGGACGACAACACUAGAACAAUCCAGCAGACCCGCCAGCUCUUCGGGCAGCAGCAGCGGCCGCAGCUGCAUCUGAACAGCUCCGGCCUCCCCCAUCAGGCCCUUCGCACCUCCCAGCCUCCGACGCCGGCCGCUGUUAGCUUUGGGUUCCAGAACAACCCGACGGUUUCCUCUGUCAACACCCCGACUCUGACGACGCAGCAAGGACCGCCCCAACGCGCCCAGUUUGGGCAGGAUGGCAAUGGGGACGAAGACGACGACCUUUCCGGGAUGCCGAUGAAACGGCACCUGGGGAAUAUGAAUCUUGGCGGUUCCCAGCUCGGCGGCCUGGCGUUCGGCGCCCUGGGCACCAUUGAUGACCCCGCUAAGCGCUUAUUCAGUCCUGGGGGCGCAAGUCAGAUGACGAGCCAGCAGCGUGCUCUCGACCAGCAGGUGCAGUUGCAACAACAGUUGCAGCAGCAUCUACAGGCAAUGAACCUCGAUCUUAGUCAAUUUCCGCCCGGCACCGACCCUGCACUUAUCCUGCAGCAGAUGGCGGCUUUGAUGAUGCCGCCGGCCGAGGAGCACAAGCCCUUCAGGUGUCCCGUCAUUGGCUGUGAGAAAGCCUACAAGAAUCAAAACGGGCUCAAGUACCACAAGACCCACGGACAUUCGACACAACAGCUGCACGAAAACGGAGACGGAACGUUCUCCAUCGUCAACCCGGAAACCAGCACGCCAUAUCCUGGCACUCUCGGGAUGGAAAAGCAGAAACCGUUCAAGUGCGACGUCUGUGGAAAGCGGUACAAGAACCUAAACGGCUUGAAAUACCAUAAACAACACUCGCCAAUGUGCGAUCCCGAGCUCAGGGCGCAGCAUCAAAACCUUCUGUCAACCAUGAUGCAGAACCCGGCCACAUUCCUUGCCCUUCAGCAGGGCCUACCCAACAUCAACGAGGACAAGAUGCUUUAGAGCGUCAGCUCCCUGCACCCAGCCCGGUGAUGGGGCGUGCUUGUUCCCUGCUGCUUGGCGGGGCUCUCUGAGAGACCACCCCUGAUUUGCGCUUUGUCCAGCAGCUUGUUUUGUGGGCGAUGCGAGCAAAGCCCGAGACCACGGCCUGUUAUUGUUGUUUUCGAGAAGACAAGACAGAAAAAGGGACAAAAAAAGAAGGAAGGGAAAGAAUGAAGAAACAAAAAAAAAAAAGGCGGUACGGGGAGAUGGGGCCCAAAACAUGAUUCUUUAAUGGGGCUGGAUGUCUGCAUUUCCAACAU